AUGGCCUUCAAAGACUUCAUCAAGAGGCGGUCGCUCAAGGCCAGAGAUGACCAGAGGACCAGAGCCGCUGAACUGACCUUGAGGGCGUCGCUAUACCCCAUCUGUCUGGUCACCGUCCUCUUCUUUCUCUGGGGUUUCUCGUACGGGCUUCUCGACACUCUGAACAAACACUUCCAGAAUACCCUCCAGAUCAACAAAGCGAGAUCUGCUGGUCUUCAGGCCGCGUAUUUCGGUGCUUAUCCCCUCGCGUCUCUCGGCCAUGCCAACUGGAUCCUGAGACAUUAUGGCUACCGGGCGACGUUCAUAUGGGGUCUCUGCUUAUACGGCGUUGGCGCAUUCAUCGCGAUCCCGUGCAUUCUAGCUCGUUCUUUCGCUGGGUUCUGCAUCGCCAUCUUCGUCAUCGGCAACGGCUUAGGGUCACUCGAGACCGCUGCCAAUCCGUACAUCACUGUGUGCGGACCGCCUAGAUAUGCCGAGAUUCGUAUCAACAUCUCUCAAGCGUUCAAUGGAAUUGGAACUGUGGUUGCGCCAGUGUUGGGCUCUUAUGUCAUCUUUACAUUCAGCGAUGAUGAGGCCAUACAGAAUGUGAAAUGGGUCUACAUAGCCAUCGGGAUUUUCGUCUUCCUCCUCGCGUUCGGCUUCUUCCUGUCCACAAUUCCCGAGAUCACCGAUGCCGACAUGGCCUUCCAGGCGAACGAGACGCACGCCAACGCCGACGACAAGCCGUUUUGGAAGCAGUACCGCCUCUUCCACGCGGCGUUCGCGCAAUUCUGCUAUACUGGCGCGCAAAUCGCCAUCGCUUCCUACUUCAUCAACUACGUGCGAGACACACAGCCCACCUCGACCGAUCCGCUGGCCGCCAGGUUCCUCGCCGGCGCUCAGGGCGCUUUCGCCAUCGGACGCUUCAUCGGCGUCUUCCUGAUGAGGUGGUUCAAGCCGCGCCACGUCUUUCUGGUCUUCCUGACCUGCUGUAUCAUCUUCAUCGCGCCCGCCACUAAUCACGACGGCUACACCGGCAUGUCGCUGCUCUAUGUGGUCCUGUUCUUCGAGUCCAUCUGCUUCCCGACCAUCGUGGCCCUGGGCAUGCGCGGACUCGGUCGACACACCAAGCGAGGGUCGGGAUGGAUAGUGGCCGGUGUGUCUGGUGGUGCUGCCGUCCCGCCUUUGACGGGCGUCGCGGCCGAUGCUCAUGGCACCGCGUUGGCUAUGGUGGUCCCGCUAUCGUUCUUCGUGGCUGCGUUGAGCUACGCUUUGGCGGUCAACUUUGUCCCUGCGUAUAGGGAUCCUGCUGACGCCUUUUCAACUGCAGAGAUUGGCAUGGUCGAGCAUCGUACGGGCGUGGAUGAGGAAACGGCCGACUUGGGUGAUGAGAAAGCUACCAAGUCUGAACAUGAGCUGUGA